AUGGCUCAAGGAACGAUCACCCCUGUGUCGGCCAGCGCCGAAUACUAUAACCUGGGUUCAUUUGGCCAUCCCAUCACAACAACUAGCCCCGACACCCAGACUUGGUUCAACCGUGGCCUCAUCUGGGUAUAUUCUUUCAAUCAUAUGGAAGGCGCAUAUUGUUUUGAACAGGCAAUUGCGCAUGAUCCUGAAUGCGCGAUGGCUUAUUGGGGCCUGGCAUAUGCCGUGGGUCCGAAUUAUAACAAGCCAUGGGAAAAGUUCGACCAAGGCGACCUUCACACCUGCGUGCAGCGCGGAUACGAUGCCUCUCAAAAAGCGAAGAAAUACGCCGUGAAUGCAACUCCGGUCGAACAAGCGCUGAUCGAAGCGAUGCAAUCUCGAUACCCCACCAACCAGCCGGCCGAGGAUUAUGCUGCCCUGAACAAGAGCUAUGCCGAAGCUAUGAAACCGGUGUACGAGAAGUUCGGUCGCGAUCUUGACGUGGCGACAACUUACGCAGACGCGCUGAUGAACAUGACUCCCUGGGCGCUAUGGGAUUUGUUUACAAGCCAGCCGAAUCCUAAAGCUCCCACAAUGGAGGUGAAAGCCGUGCUUGAGAAGGCGCUCGGGCAGGUGGCCGACGGCGCAUAUCUCAACCCUGGAUUGCUUCACCUUUAUAUCCACUUUAUCGAAAUGUCACCCACUCCUGAACUUGGAAUCAACGUUGCCGACCAUUUACGUGACCUGGUUCCCGAUGCUGGUCAUAUUAACCACAUGCCUACGCAUUUGGACAUCCUCAUCGGGGAUUGGAGGCGCUCCAUCUCUUCAAACCACCGGGCAACGCUAGCGGAUGAAAAAUACUUCCAUAAGCAAGGGGCGAAGAAUUUCUACACCUUCUACAGAAUGCAUGACUAUCACUCCUUGAUCUACGCCGCGAUGUUUGCAGGCAAAUCCAAAGUUGCCCUUGACGCGGUCACGCGUAUGGAAUCGACGGUGCCGGAGGACGUGCUUCGAAUUCAGUCCCCACCCAUGGCUGACUGGUUGGAGCAGUUCAUGCCCAUUCGCCUACAUGUUAUGGUGCGCUUUGGUAUGUGGGAAGAGCUUAAGCAGAAGGAGCUUCCUCAUGAUCAGUCACUCUAUGCCGGGACUACCGCCACCACUCACUAUGCUCGAGGCAUUGCAUUCGCCGCCACUGGAAACGUGUCGUCGGCCCGAGCGGAACAAGAGCUCUUCAAGCAAGCGUGGUCCCGGGUGCCUGAGACGCGUCGCGCGUAUAACGGCAAAUUUGUCGACGUGCUCAAGGUCGCUGAGGCCAUGCUGGAAGGAGAGAUUGAGUACCGCUGCGCCAACUACACACAGGCCUUUGGUGCUCUUCGUCGUGCGAUUGACCUCGAAGACAAACUGCCGUACAGCGAGCCUUGGUCAUGGAUGCAGCCUGUUCGUCACGCUUACGCUGCCUUACUGAUGGAGCAAGGUCACUUGGAAGAGGCAGCACAAAUAUACCGUGCUGACCUGGGCUUGGAUAAGUCUGUUAUCAGACCGCGACGCCAUCCGAAUAACGUCUGGUCCCUUCAAGGCUAUCACGAGUGUUUGAUUCGCCUAGGAAGGAUAGACGAGGCUGCUGUUAUUGAGCAACCGGCUAAGCUUGCUCUUGCAGUAGCCGAUGUUCCGAUCAAGGCGUCAUGCUUUUGCCGUUUGGACACCUCCCAGGCGCCGCAGGUCCUUGGCGGAGGCUGCUUGAACGGCAAGUGCUGUUGA